AUGCUAGGAUACGGUUACGUGAAGUUCGGGGACGCUCAUUCGGUGGAUAAUGCUCUCGAAGUUGAUCGUACGACCAUUGGAGGACGGAUGGUGUAUGUUCGGGCCCUCCACGUGCGGCUGGACACGGUCGUGGUGAAGAAUCUACCUCACGGCGCCGACGAUUCUCUGCUGAGAUCGACUUUCGGGAAGUUCGGCGAGAUUAGCGACGUUGGUGUACGGACCGUACAUCAUCGACAAGACAGCCAGCUCAUCGGGUUUGUCACCUUUUCUUCCCUCGAGUCUGCAGACGCCGCGCGCAAACUCUCGGGGACGAAAAUCAACGGAAAACCCAUAACUGUCCGGUUUUCGAUGCCGCAAGCGCGCAUCAUCUCCCACGCUAUGAAGGGCGAGCCAGCAUCCACUUCUGUUUACGUCAGCGACCUCCCACCACAAGUGACAGAUGAUUGGUUGAGGGCCGAGUUCGAGCAGUGCGGGGAAAUUGAGGUUGUGCACGUGCAGAGACCUCGUCUACCAGAUGGAAGCCCUGGAGUUGGCACUACACUUGGCUAUGCUUACAUUGAAUUCUCAACUGCUGAUGCCGUCGAUAAAGCGCUCGCCCUCGGCUCUCGCCUGACCAUCGCAGGUCAUGCUAUUCGCAUUCGACGAGGCACUCCCUUUGUAGCCACGCGCGAACCAACCCUCCGCAUGGGGCCUGACCCUGACGAUACGACCGUAUGGGUUGCUGGUCUCACUCACGGCGUAAGGCAUAGCGCGCUCCGAGCAGCGUUUGAACGCUUCGGGGAGAUCAUCUCUGCCUUCGUAGUCGUCGAUCGCGAGUCGCGCAGGUCGCGCGGCUUUGGCUUCGUCAUCUUCGCUUCGCGCGAUUCAGCGUCGGCUGCAGUGAAAUAUGACCGCCAGAUAAACAUACAAGGAUUCAUGGUUCGAAUCGAGAGACCCAAACCACGCUUGCAAUCCAAAGACGGCUCCUCUUCCACUCAGUCUGACUGA